UGUGCCGAGGGGCCCGGGCUCCGCGGGGCCAGUCCCGGCGACGCAGCCACCCGCGCGCACGCGCUCGCUCGGCCACCCGCGCCCCGAGCCUCAGUCCGCGCUCGGCGCCGGGGGUCUGCGGGCCCUUUGGGCUCCGGGCGGCGCGAGGGGCGAGCGGGAGCCGGCAGCGCGGGACGCCGAGCGCCAGGUGCCGGCCAAGCUGCUGCGCGCCUGGGCGCCCGGCGGGGUUGGGGACGGUCGCUGGGUGCCGACGAGCCGAGCUAGCCGAUUGCAGCGGAAAACCAAAGCCUCAGCCAUGUCCCACACAUGCGUCACCAAAGAUGACAAGGUCAACCAUGAUGACCCGACCCAAACAAACCCUUCCCCCCAUCUCCCUACUCCCCCCCUCCCCACCCCCGGUGGAAAAACAACUCAAAGAGUCUGCACACUGAUAAGAAUGGGUCGGUAGCUCUAACGUUGAUGCAGAAAGAGAACACGCUUUUCGACUGCAGGGCAUGUCUGAGAGGGUAAACUGGAGACCCGGAAAAGCUGGCGUGAGUGUAAGCCUCUGACUGGUGGACCCGUCUUCCUUUUUCCCUUGCAGAUGUCACAGUGGAUCCUUUGCCUCCAGGACACCUUAAGGUGAGAGUAAGAUCUCUGGCUGGCUGGAAUCGGCCUAGAGGAGUGUAAGGCAGCCAUGGACAUGGAGUACGAGCUACUCAAUGAGAGCCGCCCGUGGCUUUCCCCUCCCUUUGACCUCAAUGGCUCUGUGGUGGCGGCCAACGGCUCCAACCAGACAGAGCCAUACUAUGAUCUGACCAGCAACGCAGUCCUCACGUUCAUUUAUUUUGUAGUCUGCAUCAUUGGAUUGUGUGGCAAUACGCUUGUCAUUUACGUCAUCCUCCGCUAUGCCAAGAUGAAGACCAUCACCAACAUUUACAUCCUCAACCUGGCCAUCGCGGACGAGCUCUUCAUGCUGGGUCUGCCCUUCCUGGCCAUGCAAGUGGCUCUGGUCCAUUGGCCCUUUGGCAAGGCCAUCUGCCGGGUGGUCAUGACUGUGGAUGGCAUCAAUCAGUUCACCAGCAUUUUCUGCUUGACAGUCAUGAGCAUCGAUCGAUACCUGGCUGUGGUCCACCCCAUCAAGUCGGCCAAGUGGAGGAGACCCCGAACGGCCAAGAUGGUCAAUGUGGCUGUGUGGGGAGUGUCUCUGCUGGUCAUCUUGCCCAUCAUGAUCUAUGCUGGGCUUCGGAGCAACCAGUGGGGGAGAAGCAGCUGUACCAUCAACUGGCCAGGUGAAUCUGGGGCAUGGUACACAGGGUUCAUUAUCUACACCUUCAUCUUGGGGUUCCUGGUGCCCCUCACCAUCAUUUGUCUUUGCUACCUGUUCAUUAUCAUCAAGGUGAAGUCCUCUGGGAUCCGCGUGGGUUCCUCCAAGAGGAAAAAGUCUGAGAAGAAGGUCACCCGGAUGGUGUCCAUAGUGGUGGCCGUCUUCAUUUUCUGCUGGCUCCCCUUCUACAUAUUCAAUGUCUCCUCCGUGUCUGUGGCCAUCAAUCCCACCCCAGCGCUUAAAGGCAUGUUUGACUUUGUGGUGGUCCUCACCUAUGCUAACAGCUGUGCCAACCCUAUCCUGUAUGCCUUCUUGUCUGACAACUUCAAGAAGAGCUUCCAGAAUGUCCUCUGCUUGGUCAAGGUGAGCGGCACAGAUGACGGGGAACGGAGUGACAGUAAGCAGGACAAAUCCCGGCUGAAUGAGACCACAGAGACCCAGAGAACCCUCCUCAAUGGGGAUCUCCAGACCAGUAUCUGAACUGCCUGAAAAAUAAAAAGUAGAAUAAAAUGCCAAGCUCUGCCAAGUGGCAAUAUGCUCCCUGCCCCCAUGCCUUCCCUUCCUCUUGCCCAUCACACCUGGCUUCUAGAAUAGGGAAUUGCUCAGCAUGAGUCCAAUCAGAGAACAGUGUUUGAGUCUGCUUGUCUGAGUGAAUGAUAAUGUAUUAAAUUGAUUACCUCCCCCUUAAAGCGAACAUUCAAAUGCAGGCAGACAAUUCCAAGUCAGGAGAAGAAGAGAUCAUGCCUGGGUAUGAUCUGUAGAAACGGUGAUGCUCAACAAAGAUAGGAAAGUACGUCUGCAUGUUCAAAACCUAAUAUGUAAUCUUGUGGUCUUAACGUUUAUACUUAUCUAUUCUAUUCCUCUCUAGUCCCUGUACAGUCAAUCCUACGUUCCCUGUGUUCAAGUACACGGGUAGCGAGUUGAAGUGUGCAUAGUAUAGGUGGACAUCUGUUACAAUAUGGAACCCACAGAAGUGGACUUAACCAUGAAGCCAACAAAGUUUAAGCUUCAGGGAUCUCACAUGCUUGGGCAGUAUUUUCACAUGACCACAUGGUUUCGUAAAAGAUUGGAAAAGGAAGAUAUUUUUGUAUUCUUUUUCUUAAAGACAUCUCCUUAAAGCUUCCAGCCUCUCAAACCCACCUCUGCCCCCUGGGUAUUUGCUUCUAUUUAAUUUCCAGCAAGUUGGAUCAGAGUGAGAAAGGCAAAGGAGUUAUUUGAGGACCCAGACUAUAAAUUCAUGUGUUUUCUCUCCUUAGAUAUAAUCAAAGAAUCAUUCAUUUACCCAAAAGGACUUAAAUGCUUGGGGGGGGGGGGGGGGCGUCGAUUAUUGUAUUUAUCAAGACAAAGCCUGCUUUGUUGUAAGAUUGCAUUUGUUCCUUCUUAAUUCGCUUUGGUCUUUCUUAGGGAGCCAUGGAAGGGGAGGGUGGAGGAAAUCACCAACAUGACAGGCAAAAAGUUGACGGGAAUUCUUGUGGGGAAACCAUUUAAUCCUCCCCCACCAUGAAAAUAAAUGAAUAAGAAUAAAACAAGAUUACACCUUGAUGAGAAACCAUGAAAUUCUUCUUUUAAAAAAAGGCAGACAGGACUUCCUAAUGAAAGAAAAUGGAAAUAUAAUCUAACAACUCCUUGAUUUUUUUUUUUUAAGGAGUUGAUACAAAGCUAGGCACUAAGAAAACCACAGUACACACUAAAGACCCAAGGAUGCUAUUCCUGAAACAUAGGCAUGGGAGCCAGCUAACCAAAAUGUAGCAGGUAGGGGGUGCCUGGGUAGGAGUGGUGGUGGGAAUCCCAUCCCUCACAGGUAUGCCUGUGCCACCUUCCCCGCCCACCAUAUACAAAUUGAACAUCGACCUUCAACGCCACAGACUCUGAGCUGUCCUCAAGCAUGGUCAUAGACAGGCACUCCACACCAUUGGUGACAUCUUUCUGUGCCUGAAAUGGUAGAUGGGCUCACGUACAAAGCAGUAAGAGACGAGAUGAUGCCCAUUUCACUGAGCAAAAUUUCCAGGGUAUGAAGAUAUAACACGUGGGUGUUUGUAAGGAUGCCAUCAUCUCUGGGUUUCUGUGAAAGCCUCACUCCCUGAGUGUCUCACAUAUAGAUUUUACCAUAUUUAAAAAGGAGCCUUCCUCUUCUGGCUCCCUAAGCAAGGCCCAUUUGACAGAAUGACUAAGAACCCCACCUGUAGCGUUGCUGUUAAUGUGCCGCCUUCGUUCUGUCUAUAUUAUUCAUGCCACCUCAUUCCCGAAAGGACUCACUGCGGCCUAGAAAAAUGUGCCCAGUAAUAUUAUAAUAGAUAAGUAAAUCCACACAAAAACUAAAAGAGGCACAAUUAUAAGAUGAGACUAUAGGAAAAGCCGUGACCCAAAAGUGCACGCAGUAAAAUCCCACACUCUUACUUAAGGAAAGGUCGGCUAUAAGUUCCACUCAGGACUUCUUAGCAGCCACAACUGAUAGAAGGUGACUCUUCCUCCUCUUCCACCAUAAAAACAAGCGAAGAUUUGGAAGGAAAUGCUUUAAACCCGGCUUUACCAAUACUAAUAAUAUGAGACAUUCCCGGGUCUUUGAAUAAAGGCUGAGUUUUUACUUAGGGAAGUGAUUCCAAGGGACCAAGAAUUAGUGGAAAUAAUUUCAGGGAAGACGGACGAACUCUGUAGCACUCAGGACCCUGCAAUCAGACGCUCCCUCCAAGGGGGCCGGGGCCCACAGCAGCCGCCUAAAGUCUUGACACAAAAUGCAUAUCCAGAUAUAUAGUCGGUGCUCAUCAGCAGGGUGAUCAUUCUAAGAUUGAAGCUAUAAUUCUCUCCAAAUAAGCAGGCAGGUUGCUACUGGAUGAAAAGGAAUUCUCCAUUUUUCAAAAUCUCUCUUUCAAGGAUAACUUGCUCUCUGGUGGUUUUCUUUCUUCCAAAAGCGGGAAUCAAUAGCUGUUUUAAUUUAAAUGUUAACAUAAUUUUAAUUCCAAAAUGUCAGCUUAGCCUCAGCUCAGCAUUCAAUUAUGAAUAUAAAUCUGCUGGAUGCUGGGAGAGAACAAAAAGUAAGGCACUCCAGUGAGUUUAGGGCAUCUGAUCAUUUGGAUUAUGCAAGCUACUAUUUAACCUACCCAUUCGCAUGGGUAGUUAAGAGCUGGUUAAACCUAAGUGGAUCUGGUGAGAGAGGUAUCAGGAGAGAUAAUAGGACAUUGUGGCCUGUGUUGGACAACGUUAGCUUGUGUUUCAGUAACACGGAGUUGAGGAAUAGCGAAUAUUUGGUGGAUUUCGUGCCAUAGCUUGGGACAGUCUAGGCGGCCAAGGAGAAGGACAGUGGGUAAUGGAAGGACACUGCAUUUCCUUCCUUUGUUUUUGGAAGGAGGAGAGGUGGGAGGAGGAGAAGGGGGAGGGGGAGGAGGAGGGGGAGGAGAAAUCAUGACUCUUCCUUAGUUGUAACUGCUAGGAAAUCCUGAGUGGAACUUGUAGCCGACCUUUCCUUAAGCAAUAGCAUGGGAUUUUUACUGCACGCACUUUUGGGUAACAGCUUUUCCCUUUCCUAUAGCCUUGUCUUAAAACUGUACCUUUUUAAAAAAUUUUUGCAUGGAUUUAUUUAUCUACCGCAAAUGGCAUGCCAAGGAGAAAAUGCGGGCUGGUGGGCGGGGCUUCCAGAGCAGGCAGUAAACUGGAGUCUAUUUGCUUACACAGAUUUAAUCUCCAGUGUUGACGGCUGACCCUUUCAGCCCCAGCUGCCCUAGAUAGGAGCACCGCGCUGGAAAAGUGGACAGUGUGGUCACUGAGAGAGGUAGGAAGGAAAUGACUGUCGAGAUACGUGUUGCUAAUCAGCUCCAAAUGUGACGGUUCAAUCAAGACAGCUAAGUUACGAUGGAAGGCAGAGAUGAACUUUGGCCUUGCUGAAGGAUGAUGGCAAGAGAAUCAUCAGGUCUCCACAGAUGGUUGGGAAGGUCCGAUUAGUGUUUCUGGAAUGUGUGUCGUCAUCAUAAAAAUCACCAUAGGCAGCGAGCAAGCCAAGCAUUUGAGAUUUCUAACAACUUGUAAUCAGUCACCUGUCUGAUCCCGAGUUUUGCCAGAUUCUGAAACACCACAUUUCCUAUCACAGGUCCGUCCCAUCAGAGCAAACCUUCACCUAAGUGGUUGUUCGGCUCCUAAUGUGUGAAUUUCUUGGAAUAUCCCCAUAGGCAGCGUCUCAAAUUCUUCCCUCUAGCAGCUCAUCUGGAAAGGAGGCACCAGGGACUGUAUUCUACUUAUGGCUGAAAAGCUUCCGUGGGUCUGUUACUCCAGUCGGCAGACCGUCAGGGUUGGAAAUAGCAACUCCGGGACAAGUGUUCAUGCCUCCUGCCCCCGCUGCCCACUCCGCUUCUGUGAACUCAGCAGUGACUGGACACAGGCCGAUCGCCUCCGUUUUCUCGUUUCGAGGCCGCGUGCACCCAGACUGUGCUACACGACACAGUUCAAUAUUAACCAAGACUUAACCACGCCGACUAGGAUACGAUGGACUCUCCCUAGGUUAAAAUAUGGCCUCAGACGGAAGCGGUCUACUACAUGGUUGAACAGGAGAAAACAGUUCCUACUUAGCACAACCUGCCAAUGAAGGCUGGUUUCCCAUCUGUUUGGAAGAGGAAAUCAGCCAGCCCAGCCACACAACCAAAUGCCAUGAGCAGCCUCCACGAUCACCCUAUCUGAUGAUAAUACAGGGCAAAGGUAGACAAUUCUGCUCUCCCAAAUGAUGUGAAAGCCUUUUCUCCUGG